GUGUGCUGGUCAGUGACUCGCGGUCGCCGCGCCGAGGAGCGCGCGUUAGUGCUCGCGAGCCGUGUCGCAGUGCCGCGCCAACAACAACAGCGGUGCUCGGAGUGACUGGAGUGACAUGUGACGGAUUUAACAGUGGAUGCAGUGGCAAGGCAGUGACAACGCCCUUCGUGCCGCUGUGGCUCGCCGUUAGUGCCGGCUGGCCGCCAUGCCCGGCGCCGCGUGACAGGGGAGUUGUUCGGAAGCCCUGCGGUGACCGUGAGGCAGCCCUGAGGCAACCCUGAGGGCCCCACAGCCAAGCCGGUGGGGGAUGCGGUCGAAGCGGCCGGCACGGAGGACGUCGCCGUCGGCACCGACGCUCGGCACGUAGCGCCGCGCGGACAGCGUGGACAGCGUGGACAUGACAUCGCCGACCAUGGAGGCCAUGCAGGCGUCCCAGCACGUGUACGUCGUCAAGGUGCGCGCGCUGCCGGACCCGGGGCUGCUGUUCCCGUCCGAGCGCCGCUACUCCGCGCUUACAGUGGCGGGGCUGGCCGCGGGGCACGCCCUGCUGGGCUGCGUGGCGCUGCUGCUGGGCGGACUGGCGCUGUCGUGGGACCCGCCGCAAGGGUCGUGGGACCACUACAUCGCCUGGUUCUUCCGCGCCUCGCUGCUCGCCGCCGUGGUGGCGGCCGCCGGGCUGGUGCUCACGUCGGCCGCCCUGGUGCACCUCCACGAGAACGCGCUCUCCGUGCGCCCCGUCAGCGCCAUCCACCCGGCGGACCUGCCCCACCUGCCCCCGCACCUGGCCGCCUACGAGCCGGACCACGACGUCUCCUCCGACGCGGCGGUCGCCGACGAAGGCAGCGGCGGCGGGUCCUCGUGGCUCGACAUCUCUGACCUGCCCCUGCCGGACGCCAACAGCAGCACCAUCAGCAGCGGCGGCGUCUUCUCGGACCUGGUGCGCGACCAGGACCACGACCUGGUGGCCGCGGACUCGACGCGCCACGAGGACAAGGAGGUGCCCGGCCGCGACCACGCGGACUCGCACUCCAGCUUCGCGAGCUUCGCCGGCCAGCCCGAGUGGUCCGUGCUGCGCUGGGUGCCGGUGCCGCUGCCGCCGCGCGCCUCGGCGCAGAUCCGCUCGCUGCUGGCCGCCAACGUGCUGGUGGCGUGCUUCCUCGAGCUGCUCAUGAUCAACAGUGGAGAUCAUACUGACAAAUGCAAGGAUGACACCAACCCAUAA